ACCCAUUGUAUCCUACCUGUGAUGCCGCUGCACCUGGGCGCACCUGUAUUCGUUUGGUCGGUUACUGUAGGCCUAAGCUGACAGAUCGAACGCUUUAGCCUAGCCUACUUUAUCCCACUUUUGAAACAAGUUUAUGUUAGGGUAGAGUAGGCUACUGCGUUUUUAGAACGGUAUUUGGUUAAGAAACACUUUCCCAUUUUAUGGAAUCUAUCUCCGCAUGAGAACGAGAACCAGGCUAUGCGCGUCAUCAGUAGAAUGGAUGGUAGUUAAAUCUGUUUGAAUAAGGUAAAGGAGAGAAAAACGAAAGUUGUUCCAGUCCGCAUCACUCUGCAACAAUGGAAAUAGAUAGUAUGGUGGCAAACAGCGCACUCAUCAGUGCCAGGGAAGGUGGAGGAGGAAAAGGCAGGAGUUGGAAAUGGAGAAGGAUGCUACGCUUCCCUCACAUAAGCCAGUGUAUGGAGCUGGGUAACACCAUCGCGAGAGACUACUCCAGUCUGUGUGUGAAGCAGCCUAUUGGCAGACAACUAUUCUGUCUCUUCUGUCAGAGCAAACCUGAGCUACGGCACUGCAACUCUCUACUGGACAAAAUGGGGGAGUAUGAGGUGCAAUCAGAUGAAGAUAGGAAGAGUUUUGGCAUGCAAAUCAUUAACAGGUUCCUCAGUAGACAGUCGUCUGAGUGUGUACAGGUUGUGGAGAGCUAUGGUAAGAGGUGCAGAGAGAGUCUGGAGGUGUGGCACGGUAGAGACAUCUUCAUUGACUGCACAGAUGACCUCCAUGAGUUUCUGAGUGGUGCCCCCUUCCUUCAGUACCUACAGAGCAUGUACUUUGAGCGUUUUCUGCAGUGGAAGAUGGUAGAGAGACAGCCCGUUACCAAACACACCUUCAGACAGUACAGGAUGCUGGGCAAGGGAGGCUUCGGGGAGGUGUGGGCAUGCCAGGUGCGAGCCUCUGGGAAGAUGUAUGCGUGUAAGAAGCUGGAGAAGACUCACAUGAAGAAGAGGAGAGGAGAGGCCAUGGCCCUCAACGAGAAACAGAUACUGGAAAAGCUCAACAGCAGAUUUGUGGUGAGUCUGGCGUAUGCGUAUGAGACCAAACAAUCUCUUUGUCUGGUGCUAAGCAUAAUGAACGGAGGAGACCUGCGGUUCCACAUCUAUAACAUUGGUCCUCCAGGCCUGGAGCCGGCCAGGGUUCGGUUCUAUGCUGCUGAGGUCUGCUGUGGUCUCCACCACCUCCACCAGAGGAACAUUGUCUACAGAGAUCUGAAACCGGAGAACAUACUUCUGGAUGACAAUGGGCACAUCCGUAUCUCAGACCUGGGCCUGGCGGUGAAGCUAUCCGGGGGGAAUCUGGUACGAGGCAGGGUGGGGACCCUGGGUUACAUGGCUCCAGAGGUGAUUGGCCAUGAGUACUACGGGAUGAGCCCUGAUUGGUGGGGCCUGGGCUGCCUUGUGUACGAGAUGACGGCCGGACGAUCCCCAUUCAAGAGACAAGGGGAGCAAUUGACAGAAAAAGAGAUGGAGAGAAGGAUACAGGAGACGGAAGAGGUGUACAGGAAGACAUUUAGCAGCGAGACAGAAGACUUCUGCCGCUCUCUGUUGACCAAAGACCCGAGACAGAGGUUAGGGUGUCGAAGGUGUGGGGUGGAAGGGGUCAAGUCCCAUUCCUUCUUCAGCACCAUCAACUUCAGGAGGCUGGACGCCGGAGUCAUUGAGCCACCCUUCAAACCGAAUCCCAGGGCGGUGUACUGCAAGGAUGUGCAGGACAUUGAUGAGUUCUCCACAGUAAAAGGAGUCAUUUUGGAGAGGACAGACGACAACUUCUACACCAAGUUUAACACAGGCUGCGUGGCCAUACCCUGGCAGACAGAGAUGAUAGAGAUGGGUUGUUUCAAGGAGCUGAAUGUGUUUGGCCCUCAGGGUUCUAGACCCCCUGACCUGGACUGGGGCCAGAAUCCUGCCCCAGAGAAACAUAAACGUAGACUGCUGGACCGCAUCUUCCACAAGACACACACCUGUUGAUAGAUGGGCUUCCUCAAACCCUCUCACCACUGCAACAUUAGUUGUAAAUGAGAACAUUCCCUCAAUCAGCUUACCCGGUGUAGAGUAAAAUGAUUUGUUGGUGUUGAUGAUCACUCAGCACACUGAUCAAUACACAGAUCAAACCGUUAGUACUU